AUGCGUGUUGUGACAGGAUCAACUACGGGGGUGGUCAAGGUCCUCCAGCUGGAGAGCAAGAAGGCGCUCGGGUAUGUGGCGGUGACCGGCUCGCGGUCGCCGGUGGUCUGUCUCGGAUGGGGUCCGCAGCUCUCUAACGACAGCACGGUGCCGGACUCUGUGGUGGCGGGCACGGCAGACGGGACGAUUUCGGUGGUGGCGGUCUCGGGCGAGAAGCCUGCCGUCUUGGUCCAGCGCCAGUGGCAGGCCACCACUCCGACCGAGAAGCCCAUCUUCUGCUCAAAGCUGUCCGAGGACGGCCUGGUUCUGGUCGUUUCCACCGAGGGCCGCAUCGGGGUCAUGGAUCUGUCGCCGGACGGGCUGCACUGCGCAGAGGCGGAUGCAGGCAAGGGCAGCGGCAAGGGCAGCGGCAAGGGCAAGGGCAAGGGCAAGGGCAAGGGCAAGGGCAAAGGCAAGACCUCCAACGACGCCGAUGACGACGCCGAUGAGUAUGUUAUGUUGGCAGGCGUGCGGGUGCUGGGCCGGCCGGACCCGACGACUCGGUUUGCGUCCGUGGCCAAGGUGCGCGGGCCUGUGGGCGCGGCGGUGAUGUCGCCAGAGGAGGGCGUGAUGCGGAUCGCGACCGGCGGGCAGAAGAACGACGUGCGGGUGACGGAUCUUGCGACGGGCGAGACGGUGUGGAUUGCACAGAACAUGCCCAAGGACCCGCGGACGCGGAUCAAGCCCGGAGUGUGGGUGACCGGCAUUGCUUGGCUCCCGCGCGACCCGACGAUGCUCGUGGCGUCGUCGUCGUACGGCUGGACGCGGGUGUACGAUCUGGCAGCCGAGGAUCGGCGUCCGGUGUGGACUGAGACCUUCCCCGAGUCGCUCAGCACGUGUACUGCCGUCGGUGGCGCGUCGUGGAUUGUGCUUGUCGGCGACAAGACCGGCAACCUGUUCAAGCUCGACACCGAGGCGUCGGCGCGGCGGAUGUACGGCAAGCUUCGCGGGCUGUCGGCGUCGGUGCGGAGCAUUGACAGCCACAAGGGCGGCCUGCCGCUAGUCGCCUCGGGCGGCCUCGACCGUCAUCUGCACGUUCACGACCUCCGCUCACGGAAGACCAUCCUCAAGAUUUACCACAAGUCCAAGAUUGCGGCCAUCCUCUUCUCGCCCGAGGGCAUUCCGUCGCGGGCGGGUGCGGCCGAAGGCGCUGCCGGCAGCGAUGACGAGUACGAGUACUACUACGACGACGACGAGAACGACGCCGCCAAGACCGUCGAGGCCAUCGACAGCACGCUGCGCGACGAGCACGGGAACCGGAUCACCGACAAUGCACUGUGGGAGGAGCUCUCAUCGGCGAGCAACGACGAGUACGAGUACGAGUACGACGACGACGACGACGACGACGACGACGACGAGAGUGACAACAGCGAGGCCACGACCCGCAAGCGCGGAGCCGACGGCUCGGAGGCACCGGCCAGCAAACGCGCCAAGCACUCGUAG